AGCGAUCCAUCGCUUUCCUGCAAAGCUAUUUUACCUCAUGUUUCAAGGAUAAUUGGAGAACAUUCCCGGCUGCUCACCGUCGCGCCGCAUCCAUCGUCGUGGAAAGGAAGAGCAGCCAACUUCAAAGCGUAGGCUCGGCGACGGCGAUACCGCGGGACCAGCGUAUGGCGCCCACUAGCGGCGUCUUUCAAACUCAACCGGCCAUCGUCGCCCGUGGCGGUUCGCUAACGCGAUCACACGCGGUAGACGUGCUGCGUGUGUCUCGUGUGAGAGUAGUUCGUUGCUCGCGUUUGCUAAUCAAGCUGGUUACUUAAGACGUGCAUUCGACACUCGAAUUGGCAGCCGGGACAACGCGAGCAGACCGCGCGAUGGAGAAUGUUUCCAUGUCCAAGGGUGUGUUCGCUCAUAAGGGAAGCUACACAAUCGGCAAAAAGAAGAAGAAGAAGAAGGGAAGGGACCACCGCGCUCAGAAUCCAGAAUACUCUAACGAGCCUUGGUACGUCGCCUAUAGCGAAAUGUGGCGAUACAUCGAACAAGCCUUAGAGAACGUGAGAUCGAGAAUGUUCCACAAAGUGAUGUCCAAUUUGGAGCAUUUCGUGUCGAAAGCAAAGACAAGCCCGCUGAACGCGACGUCCAAAGAAAUAGCCACAGCCAUUCUGUUAAUAGGGGUUAACGUCCCCGAUUACGUGGUGCUUUUCGACACGGCGGUGUCCAAACUCGGUAAGAUAACGCCGCACAUCGCGGUGCUGUGGAGCAGAAAUUGCGGCAACGUGAAGAGCAUCAUCGAGGACACCGUACAUCAACUCGUCAACGUAUCGCAAUCGGACGACGCUCCCAAAGUGCCCAAAACCCGAUGUACGAUGCGCGCCUUGAAAGAACAUUUCGGCAAAUACCACGAGAUGGAAGAUCCCUUGGUCCUAAUUCUGCCAGAUUUCGAGAGCUUUUCGACCGACGUGUUGCACAACUUUAUCUUGGUGCUGAGUUCCUACACGAGCACAUUGAAGUUCGUCCUGAUACUCGGCGUCGCGACCAGCUUGCACAUUGUACACCGAUCAUUGACGUACGACGUCACGUCGAAGUUAACGGUGCAGGUGUUCUACACGCAAACGCAGGUGGAGACGUUGUCCGAUGUGUUGGAGAGCACGGUUUUCUCCACGGAGAUACCGUUCAAGUUAAUCGGCCGCGCCUUUCAGUUGCUUACGGAUAUCUUUCUGUUCUACGAUUUCUCGGUGGAUCAUUUCUUACAGAAUUACAAGAUAUGCAUGAUACAACACUUUUACGGCAACAACAUGAGCUACCUCUGUUGCCACCCAAAGGAUAUCAAGAGUAGAAUAUCGAAACUGAGUAACGAGGAUAUCGCAGACAUUAAAGGCUUACCAUCGAUCGCGAAGUACCUAAAAACGUCCAAGAAAUCGACAAGCGAGGACAAUGACGGACGUGAUAAUGAAAAAUUCAAGGAAUUAUUGGAAACUGUGUUGAACAAAUUUCACGGAUUCAUGCAUCAAUUUUUGAUCGCUUUGAGAUGUUUGCACUACCUGGUCGCUUCAUUACCAGGCUCGCCGAUGGGUAAGCAGUUGCGGGAGGUUUAUACUAAAGCGGUUUACACGAGUAAUUUCACGGGCUGUGCGGAAUACAAGGAAAGCCUGAAGUUACUGGGAUUUCUGUCCAAGGAGGAACUACUCUCGAAACUCGAAUCUAUCAUGAAAAUCGUCGACGGUUCCGCCGAUCCGAUCAUCGAGAACAUUAAGAGCGAGCUCGAGAUUCGCAUCGAGACGAUUCGCAAAGCUAGUUUGGGCGUCGCGAAAGCCUCUUCCGAGCUCGUCACAGUGAAUGACAAGCUCAGCCGUUUGCAACUAAAAGAGAAAUUGCUCAAAAUGAGUCAGCAGCAAUCUCGGUCCGCUUACAAGCAGGCGCAGCACGACUUAAUCGAUUACUUGGACCGGCAUGUGUUCUCCGUUCACUUGGUCGACCCAAGUCGCGUGACGGCUCAUGAGAUUUUCUGCUACAGCGAUGGCAACCAGGCGAAGCACCACAUUCGCGGUUCCUUGCGCGCCGCCAUACACACGGGAUUGAGCGAUCCGCAGAUAUACCUGGACUGCGACUGCUGCAAAUUGGAGAACGACGACGACAUUCCGCACACGCUUCCCGACCUGAGUAUAAUUUAUAAGCUGCACUUGGAGUCCAGGAAGCUGAUCAAUAUGUACGACUGGCUGCAGGCGUUCCUGACGAUCGUGAAUCCACAGGCCGCGCAGGAGCAGGAGCAACGUGACGUGGAUCCGCGAAUGCAAGCUCGGUUUACUCAAGCGGUCGCCGCCCUGCAAUUCCUCGGCUUCAUCAAGACUUCUCGAAGCAAAACGGAUCAUGUGAGGCGUCUUAUGUAAGAACAAUACGCACGUUUGAUUGUUUUCUCUGUUUGUCUGUAUGCGGCGGAUAUUAUUCAUGAAUUAUAUAUGAACACAUAUUUUCAAAUUAUUAUAUUUUGUACCAUUUACACGGGGCGAAUGAAACAGUAUUAAAAUAAGAAGCGCAAACCAUACGCUCGUCCAUAUGUAUUUAUCUCGUUCGUCUCUC